GCGUAGGGCCAUUAAUCGUGUCCUGUUAUGCAAGACUGUGACUCUCAGCAAUGUGCAGGACAUAGUGAGUGGAUUUACAGCCAGGAGGUUCCUGAAGUGAGUGGGGUGAUGGAUGGUACGGGCAUACGUAUCUCUAUUUUGGCACCAGCCCACUUUGCCACAAGGGCUGUUUUUCUAUGAUUAUGCAAGCACUGAUGUAUCACCAGGAACGCUUCACCAGUAUCAAGUCCCAGGAGACCCAAUACCUCCUGUCUCUUCCAGGAGAGAGUGCGUCUGGAGUGUGUCACCAUCCUGGCCUCACAGAACUGAGCUGUAUCAUGAAGUUCCACCAACAUGCUGGCCUAUUGUAUAUUCUCCAGACUACAACAUCACAUUUAUGGGAUUGGAGAAGCUACAUCCGUUUGAUGCAGGGAAAUGGGGGAAAGUAAUCAAUUUCUUGAAAGAAGAAAAACUAAUUGCAGAUGACUUGAUUGUACAAGCACGAGAAGCUUCUGAAGAAGAUCUGUUGGUUGUCCACACAAGACGCUACCUGAAUAAGUUAAAGUGGUCAUUUGUAGUGGCUACAAUUACAGAAAUUCCACCAGUUCUCUUUCUUCCCAAUUUCCUUGUUCAGAGAAAGGUUCUGAAGCCUCUAAGAACCCAAACAGGAGGAACAAUAAUGGCAGGAAAGCUUGCCAUUGACAGAGGCUGGGCAAUCAAUGUGGGUGGUGGCUUCCAUCACUGUUCAAGUGAUAAAGGUGGAGGAUUUUGUGCAUAUGCUGAUAUCACACUGGCUAUUAAGUUUCUAUUUGAAAGAGUAGAAGGAGUGUCUAAGGCCACUAUUAUAGAUCUGGAUGCUCAUCAGGGGAAUGGCCAUGAGAGAGACUUCAUGGAUGAUCAUAGGGUGUAUAUUAUGGAUGUGUACAAUAGAUAUAUUUAUCCAGGGGAUGGAUUUGCUAAACGAGCCAUAAAGCGGAAGGUUGAAUUGGACUGGGGUACAGAGGACACAGAAUAUCUUCAGAAGGUACAAACACAUGUGGAAGGGGCAUUAAAUGAAUCGAGGCCAGACAUCAUCAUUUAUAACGCUGGAACUGAUAUCUUGGAUGGUGAUCCACUGGGAGGUCUUGCUAUUUCACCUCAGGGAAUUGUUAAAAGAGAUGAAGCGGUAUUCAGGGCUGCCAGAAACCACAGAAUUCCUAUCUUGAUGGUGACAUCUGGAGGCUAUCAGAAGAGGACAGCACGGAUAAUUGCUGAUUCCAUUCUUAAUUUGCACAACCUGAAGCUUAUUGACAAGGAGCUAGCAACCAGUGAAGCUAAAAACCCCAAGGUAGAACUGAUGAUUAGAGAAUCUAUUUUAGAUUUCACUAACCUGUCAUUGCAGUGAGACAGUACUAUGUUUUAGAAAGAAAAUUCACUAAUUGUAUAAUGUUUAUAUAUAGGAACAAAAAGUCUCCCCAGCUCUGUCAGGGUUAAUAUAAUAUAACAUGAGAGAAAGAUUUAUUUGCCUGUAAAACAUUAACAAAGUAGAGAUACUAGCUAGUCCCAGAAUGAUUGCAAGUGUCUAACUUGCUUCUGAAACACUCUUGAGUAGCUAUGGUAUGAAAGGCAGCAGAUCUUUGAGAAUUAAUUUAGAGAUCUACUCAAGGGCAGUGUAUUUUUGUUUAUAAUACAUAGUAUAACUAGCUUUAAUUGUUUCUCUUAUUUUUAUGGAAAGUCUACUGUGUUAUUGAAAGGGUUGUACGGGUAGGCUCUGAAGACUGUCCCAGGCCACUUAGUAACGGUGCAGUUGUUUCAGCAGAUGGGAGGAGGGAAAUUUUAAGCCCAGAGCAGAACAGUUUGGAUGAGAGGGCUUCUCAAUAAUUGCAAGGACAAUAAAAAUGCAAAUUGAAUUGUUUUUGUGCUGUACCUACAUUUUCUGGAUUUUGAUCGUACAUUUUGGAAAUGUACAUAAGUAGAUGAGAUAAAGACUAGCAGAGAAAGGAGCAGUAUUGAGAAACCAAGAGAAAGAGAGGAACAGACAAGAGAGGUGUGAAGGGUAAUGUGACAGUUGUGACAAUGUGCAUGUAGUUUGGGCAGAAUUUUCCACAAUAUCCUAGUAAUGCUAAUUGUGCACUUUGGCACAUUUUAUUGCAACAUUAGAGAACCAUGUUGAUCCAAACAAUUGUCAGAAAUACUUCCCCCAUUCAAUAAUUAAUAAUACUUCUCUGUAUAUUUUAUGUUCCUGUAAUAAUAAUCAGUAUCGUGCAACACUAUUUGGUAAAUGUUCUGCUCUAAGUUCAGCACCUCUGGUUAAUCUGACAUCAGCACAUAAUUCAAAAUGUUAAAGAAUCACAAUCUCUCACAUUUACAUGCACCGGAAAUCUUUCCAAAAAAUAAGUGAAUUUAGAAUUCAGUACACUAGUGAUCAAGUAUUUAUUAUCCAAAAAUAAAAAUUACCGAGUGAUCAUUUGAAAAUCA